AUGGCAGUCGAGGCUCACGAAGAUGUAGACCAGGACGUCAUGUCCCAUCAAGACAAUACGCCCCUGCUGCAUGCACAUGAUGAACCGUUCAAACCGCAGGCAAAAGACAUCUGGCUGGAGGUCCGACUCCUCCUCAAGCAAUGUCCGCCUCUGGCAUGGCCGCCCCAAAGCUACGGCUCCGGCGACAUCCACACCGUCGGCAUGCACGUGCAGAGAAUGGUCCUCCUCAUGGAGCUUGUUUGCGUCCCCAUCGCCGCGUUCUGGAUCGCCUCACCGUUCCUCCUCUCCUUCUUCGUCAAGCAGCCCCAUCUUGCCCUCAAAGCCGGCACCUUCCUCCGCAUGAGCGCCAUCGGCCUCCCAGCCCAGGCCCUCUUCGAGGCCGCGAGGCGGUUCCUGCAGGUCCAGGGCGACUUCCACACCGCCAUGCUCAUGAUCGCGCUCUGCACGCCCGUCAACGCGCUCCUCAGCUGGACCUUGGCAUUCUCGCUGGGAAUGGGUCUCGACGGGGCGGCCCUCGGCUCCUCGCCGAGCCAGAUCCUACGCGCGGCGCUGCUUCUGCUCAACAUCGCCUCCGCGCGCGGCAGGUGGUUCCGUCGCUGCUGGGGCGGCUUCUCGCGCGACGCGCUGCGCGGAUGGGGUCUGAUGGCCCGGUUGUCGGUUGCCGGGUCCGUGGCGACGCUGAGCGAGUACGCUGCGUUUGAGACUCUGUGCUUCUCGACGUCGUAUUUGAGCACGAAACGCCUGGCUGCGCAGUCGAUUCUCACCACGACGACGAUCUUUGUCUGGCAUGUGCCCUUCUCCAUCAGCGUGUUCAUUGUCUGA